AUGUCGACCUACACUUCGGAAGGCACAUGCAAUCGCGUCUUGGAUCUGCUUUGCCUUGUGGACGAUGGAUCAAAUGUUUUGACUGUCAAGAUGACAUUGCUUUUGAAUGGAUACAUGUAUCCACAGGCCGACCAUCUCUUCAACGUGGAGACAAAUCUCGAGCCAUGCCUGCCAUUAGAUCCACUGUCUGAGCUUACCGUCCGCCUUCAAGCACAGUCUGUCACUCAAGAUGGAAUCGUAUCCAAGGUCUCCACUCUCCUUCGACUCCUGCAGGACCCGUCACACCUUGCAACAAUCCAGAUCCGGGCUAAUACAAGCGCCAAUGAUCUUGCUGCCAUAAAUGCCGAGCCGUUGUACAUACUCACAACUAGGUUCACCAAUAGUCCUUCUCUAGAUGGAGGGUCCAUUUCCAACUCUCCUGUUUCAGAUGACCCGGAUUUCUCCCCAACCCAUGAUACCAUUUUGCUGGCGCAAAAUGGUCAGUUUCCACCACUUCCACUUCCACAGGACUUAACUGGUAGUCCCCAGGCUCCCCAGGCUUCCCAGGCGACAUUUCCUUUUCGACAGCAUCCGCCAACCCAGCUGCAAAGUACUGUACAACAGGAAGAAUAUAAUGUCGGUGUUGACAGUCAGCAACCCGGGCCAGUUGCCAGCCAGUCUGGCUUCACCGCACCAUCUUCCACGUAUGUUCCACGAUACUGGCUCCGUUUACGCUCCGCGUCCCAAACCCGUCGAUCCCCCCCCAAGCUAAUGACCAGGCUUCUUGGCCCCAUAAGGUCUUCUCCUGGAAACUCUGACUACCAAAUGCUGCGAAUUCCUGAAGCCUCUUGGAACCCACGAUCCCAAUACUCAUUGCCGCAAGAGCUGCGUCGGUUUCUUUUAUUAGAGCUCAAGCGAAACCUGGCAGAUUGUCCUGAUUGCGAAGUGGUCUUGGAUUUCUUUGAGUGGCGACUGUGGAAUGUUGAUUCUGAUCCUCCAGGCCAGCCGGUUACCCUGGCACAAUUCCAUGGAAGCUUGUUGAAUCUUAUCACUUUUCUCGGUAACACCUACCCUGGCUUCUUUUGGACAUUCGACGAUGAUGAAAUGUUCAUAAAUUUUGCUCUCGACAGGCUGGAAAAUGGCGAAUUGUGUUCUCGUUGA